GCUCUAUUCGUUCAGUCUAAUACAGUUGUUUACCGGUUUGACAAUUCCUCUGCGCUUGAAAUUCUCCCUUCUUCUAGAAUAUGGAACCCUCAGCCACCAUCAAUACUUCUCUCGACCUGAAUUUCAAUCCUCCGCCGUACACCGAUGACGAAUCUCCGGCCACUUCUAAUCUUACUCCACUUAAAUCAGAGACUCCGGCCGUUCUUGCCGAAAAGUUGAAUCGGAUGAGUUCGGAGAAUCAGAAGCUAAAUCAGAUGCUAGGACGCGUUGUUGAGAAUUACAGUCUUCUGCAAAAUCAGGUGAUCCGUUUGAUGUUCAAAUCGAGGAAGCGAAAGGCAGGUGGCGAUAGUUGCAACUUCAAUCGGAGCGGAUCUGAUCAAUAUUGUGGCUGCUGUAGCGACGAUGAUUCGUGUUAUAAGAGGCCUAGAGAAAGCAGUAAGCCGAAGGUCAUGAGAGUUUUGGUUUCGACGCCAGUUUCCGAUUCCAGCCUGGUUGUGAAGGAUGGAUAUCAAUGGAGGAAAUAUGGUCAAAAAGUCACUAAAGACAACCCCUCCCCUAGAGCUUACUAUAAAUGCUCCUUUGCUCCUAGCUGCCCGGUGAAAAGAAAGGUGCAAAGAAGUGUUGAAGAUCCAUCCUAUUUAGUGGCUACUUACGAAGGAGAGCACAAUCACCCGAAACCUAAUUCUGGAAUUGAGUAUCAAUUGGUUGGACCAAUUCAGUUGGGUUCAAAUCUAGAUUCUUCUGUUUCAUCGCCCUCCUCCUCAGUUGUCAAAGGUCCAUCAAUAAUGCCUUCCGUUGUAACCUAUGAUUAUUUAUCCAAAUCCCCAUCAACGACGAACACUGUGAAAGCUUCAGUUCCAGAACUUGAAACACCCCCAGCUUCUUCAUCAACCCAAACUAUUCUAGUUCAACAAAUGGCUUCCCUUUUGACCAGAGACCCAAACUUCACCAGAGCCCUUGCCACUGCCAUUACUGGAACCAUGGUAGAUAAAGAAAUCUGGCGAUGAUAAUUAUGAUUUGUUGGCGUAUAAUCCUCAGCAUACUAUAUUUAAUGAACACUGAAAUAAAAGGUUCAAUUCUUCCCUCUUUUAGCCAGGAUUGAAACUUGAGGUGGCUAUGGUGAAAAAUUGGCAUUAGGUUUGAUGAGGGGCUGUCUGAAUCGAGUCGUAAAAUCAAACCCUUCCUCUUCUCAUCAACUUAUUUUGUUAGGAUCUUGAUUUUUUUAUGUAUAUGGACCCAUUUUUGUUGAUAUUCCCACUACUAAUAUAUCCUAUUUCGUUUUA